AUGGCUUCCAUACAGACUACACCUGCGCGACCCCGCAGGUUCGCUCCCUUGAAGCAAAUUUCAGAUACAAGCGAUGCGCCGAAAUUGAAAGGCAUUGUUUUCGAUGUCGAUGGAACUCUUUGCCUUCCACAACAUUAUAUGUUCACACAAAUGCGAUCCGCUCUAGGAAUCGAUCAAAAAACCGAUAUCCUAGAACACAUUCGCAAUCUGCCCACGGAGCAAGCCCGUACCGAAGCCGUCGCAAAAGUGCAGGCAGUCGAGCGCGAGGCAAUGCUUGCACAGCAGCCUCAGCCGGGCCUCGUCACCUUGAUGGACUAUCUUGAGAAGAAGGGUAUACGUCGGGCUUUAUGCACGAGGAAUUUUGAAGCGCCUGUAACGCAUCUCUUGACGAAUCAUCUUCCAAAUCAUAUCUUUGAGCCGAUUGUGACGCGCGAUACACCUGAUCUGCUGCCCAAACCAGAGCCCUCUGGGCUCCUGCAUAUUGCAGAGCAGUGGGGCUUGAGCAAUCGCGCAGAGAGUAUGAUUAUGGUCGGAGAUAGCAUUGACGAUAUGACGGCAGGACAUGCCGCCGGUGCAGCCACUGUGCUCCUUGUAAACGAGCGCAAUACUCAUCUUAAGGAGCAUCUACACACUGACAUUUGUAUUUCAAGACUCGACGAACUUAUAAAUAUCCUGGAAAAUGGGUUUGUGGGCGAUAACAGUGCCGAUCCCUGCAGCACAUAG